CCCGUGCUCUGUUUUUUAUGACUCCUCGUAGUGCGCCUCGUGAUAAGGUGAUGGUGGAGGAAUAUGCAGAUAAAGGCAUUGAGGACAUCGAAGAUGAGAUCGCAAAACUGUCUGAGAUUCGAGAGAAGAAGUGUAAGGCUAAGACACCUGCCGGAGGUGAUGCUAGGAUACCAGAUUGGAAACUGCAGAUGGACGCUGCCCCUGAGGCAGAAAAACCGCAGUAUCAGUUCUUCUACGAGAAAGCCUUGAAGAGGGAGGAGGAAGAGAAAGAGAGAGAGAUAAGGGAUAAGGUGCAGGCUCACGAGGCCGUCCUURRCACCRUGUCCGCUCUGACUGAUGAGGAGGURGAAGAGAAAACGGUUCCCCUCCUCAGAGCCUUAGCAGGGGUCCGGGUUGCUGAGGACCAUACUGGCCAACUCGCGCAGGUGUUUAAGCAGCUCAAGGAGUUGCGCGAAGACAUGGCCAAGAUGGCGCAGCAGCACUACGAUCAGCUGCAACAGUUUGCUAGUUCGCAGCAGGCUCAAAUCGUCUCUUCACUCACCUACCCUGCCUCCAAUGCUGCGUGUCAGUCCAGUUUUGCCCCUCUGAAUACGUCUACUUCUUCUCCUUCUAAUUCUUCUUCUUCUUUGAGUGUGGUUAACACCCAAAGCGGAUCUGCAGCAAGUCCAGACCCCGUUGCUGUUGUUGCUGCUGCUGCAGCGACAAGUAGUGGUGCAGGGACUUCUGUAACUGUUGCAGCCCCGGGCCCGGACCCACCAAUGGCUGGGUCGGGCAGCAACUGUGCUUACCUCGACAGGAAGGCGGUACAGAUUCCGUCCAAGUACGACGGAAAAAACGACAUCGAGUCAUGGAUCAGCACCAUGCGGUCCUACUUUGAUGUGUUGGGGACACCCCCAGUCACUCAGUCGUCAGUCCUUGGGACCAAUGUGGAACCUGCCGUGAGAGGAUUUCUAGAAAUCGAAGUUGUACAAGCAGGCUAUAAACGUAUAGACCUGAACAAAUGGUUGAAGGCUAUGCCUGUAGCCACACUUGAGGAUCUCUUGAUUCAACAGUAUACCGAUCUACAUGCUGCAGCAAACAAGACUUAUGAUAAAAGUCUGCAGCAGUAUGUCCGUAAGCUCUUUGCUACUCCUAAUUUGGAAAUGACUGCACAGUCUUGCUUGGAUGUGAUAAAAGCAAUGGUCCCCUCUGCUGAAAUUCGUCGCAUGGGCCUCAAACUCGCGGAAUAUACAGAUUGGCUUUCCCUCAUGCGAGAUCUAGUCAAGCUGGAGACACAAGACCUCCCGGGUGGAUCGAGUGGCAAAAGAGCCCUUAACCGCAAACGGUUUCCUGACAGCAACCGUUUAGCAGCACACGAUCUGCUAGAGGAUGACGAGGAGAUCCUCGCAGACAACCCUUCUCUUGAUGACGAUCAAGAGCAAGGUUGUGGGGCAUCAUGCUCUGCGUCAGCCCACGAGACUGAGUUGGUGAAUGAUGAGGAAUCCAUGAAUGUCUUUAAGAAGACUGCCUUUAAAAGCAAGGGAUCGAGGACCACAAUGAAGAACAACACUAACACUACCAUUCUUCCCAAGGGAACAAAGAUUCCACAAAAACCGGAAGAUCCUGCCACAAAACCAUGGGUAGAUCUCCGGAUUAGUGAAAAUUCUUCCUUGGAUUCUGAUCCCACUCAACAAACCUCUCCUGAAACCCCAUCUGAUGCUGAUUCCAAGGCUGAAAAGUUACACAUCCUAUACAAGGAGCCUUGGGUAGAGUCGGAAGAGAUUGACUUUCAUGCUCUGUUGACGCGCUUGGCUCACAUGAAGCAAGAACGCGCACAAGGAAGGACGAAGUUGAUCUUCUUCAAACUCUACAUUAAUGACCGUUACGUCCAUGCGUUGGCUGAUUAUGGUGCAACCGCCAACUACUUCUCACCGCACGGCAUUCGUAAGGCACGCUUGGGGAUGAAGCAAGUGACUUUGCAGAAUCCUUGUCKGACCCAAGUAGGCAACCAAGAGGUUGUCACUUCCACUCAUGCAGUCAAAGGUGUGCGCACUACCUUUGACGCUGAUCGCACAAUCACGCAUGAAUUGAACUUCUAUGUCCUUGAUCAGUGCCCCUUCRACGCGGUUAUUGGCUUGGGCUGGUUGCAGGCCCAAUGUGAAAGAACCACGUGGAAGGACUCACAAUUCAUGGUCAAAGAUGCCAUGGGGAUCGAGCGUCCUGUCCUCUUGGAUGAGCCGCGCGAGUCCCAAGUGACCUUUUUCAAUGCAACGCAAUUCUGCAAAAAGUGGCGCAAGCGCAAAACUGAUGAGCAAAUGUGUAUAGCCUUUGUUAGGUCUGCUCAUGUGCCUUCUAUUUUUGUUGUACAUAGUGAUUCUACUUUGCAUGCUGUGUCCACCUCGGAUGCAACUACUUCUACUUCUACUAAGUCCAUCUCUAGUCCAAAUGACUCUACUUCUCAUCCUGUUCUUUUGGCUGCACCUAUACAAACUAACAUGCUUGCUCUUGAGAGUGAUGAUCCCCCUCCGAAAAUCCCACCGGACAUUCGCAACCUUCUCAACCGAUUUCCUGACGUYUUGGCCGAACCGCAUGGAGUUCUCGUGCGUCCGGUCCGACACAGGAUCGAGUUGAUUGAAUGUAGCACUCCUCCAAAGGGUUGUGUCUAUCGAAUGGGCUCAGGCGAAAUGGAGGAGUUGCGAAGGCAGAUUGAUGAAAUGAUUGGGAAGGGAUGGAUCAAGCCGAGUAAGUCGGAGUUUGGUGCACCGGUGUUGUUUGUCCCUAAGAAAGGAGGUAAGUUGCGGAUGUGUAUUGACUAUCGCGGGUUGAAUCAGAUCACGAGAAAGAAUGCAUAUCCUUUGCCACGUAUCGAUGAUUUGCUUGAUGUUGCGGGUGGGUGCAAAGUCUUCAGCAAGAUCGAUCUCAAGUCUGGCUACCACCAGAUCGAAGUCGAUCCUGCGGACCAGCACAAAACUGCAUUCAAAACUCGCGAUGGGUUGUACGAGUUUACCGUCAUGCCCUUCGGUCUCACGAAUGCGCCAGCCACCUUUCAAAGUCUCAUGGACAAAGUGUUCCGCCAUCAGAUUAACCAGUUUGUUGUUGUUUAUCUGGAUGACAUACUGAUCUUCAGCAAAUCGAUGGAGGAGCACAUGAGACACCUUGAGGAAGUGAUGCARAUCCUCAAGGACGCGCAACUUCAUCUCAACUUGGAGAAAUCUGAGUUUGGGAGGGACAGUGUCAUCUACCUUGGACAUCGGUUGUCUGUUGCAGGCCUAGAGCCCGAGGCAACCAAGGUUGAGGUCAUCCAAAAGUGACCCCAACCUACGAAUGUCCGCGAGUUGCAUUCUUUUUUUGGUCUUGCGUCGUAUUACCGCAAGUUUGUGCCUAAAUUUUCUAUYAUUGCCCGUCCAUUGUCUAGACUAACAAGCAAGAAUGUAUCCUACGCAUGUAAUGAAGAAUGCACGACAGU